AUGCACUUCUCCCAGGCCUUGGUAGCCUUUUUCGCGGCCGCGGCAUGUGCCUCGCCUGUGAAGUCCAGGGACGAUGAUGCCUGCAAGAAUAACUUCGGUCCCUUUGGCAUCAUGGCCCUCCGAUCCGCCAGCCCCAUCCAUUUCGCCCAAGGCAGCGCAGCCAGGAACAGCCUGUUCCUGAACCUCCCCGAGCAAAACGCCACCUGCACCGACGGGCCCGCCCCCAGCGGUGCCAUUUUCACCCUCAUCGAUGGCAAUCUGUACCUCUACGCCGAGCCCGAGCCGUAUCAGCAGAUCUUCGUUGACCGUUCCGGAAUGGGCCAGGGCAUAGUAGGCUACACAACCGGCGAUCAACCCCUGCCGCGCAACGCCGAGCGGGAAGGCUGGGAGCUCGAUGCCAACAACAACCUCUCCUUCAAGGGCACCGGGCUUCUCGCUUGCCCGAAUAGCAUUGAUGGCGCCUGGAGGAUCUGGCUUUCCGUGGGCAUUGGCAAGCCCGCCGGCCAGGAGGGGUGCCUCGGAUUCUCCCCGCGUGCUAUUGAGCUCACUGAACCCCAGAGCUGCGAGUACACGUACAUGCAGUGA